UCGAGAAGCUUAGAAUGAAUUGUUCAUAGGAUCAAAGCAGAAGGAGAGACCAUGGCGGGUGAAACCCCAAACCCGCUAACCCUAGAUUCCACAGACCUCUUCCAAACCGCGCUAACCACCUUCUUCUCACACCACCAACCCCCACCCCAUCUCCUCCCUCCAAUCCCCUCCACAUUCCCCCACUCCAAACUCAUCCCCAACACCCGCUUCGCCGUCGACGCCUUCCGCCACGCCGGCGCCUUCUCCAUCUCCUACUUCCUCUCCCACUUCCACUCCGAUCACUACACCGGCCUCUCCCCCAACUGGUCCCAAGGCCUCGUCUUCUGCUCCCCCACCACCGCCCGCCUCCUCACCCACGUCCUCCGCGUCCCUUCCCCUUUCGUCGUUCCUCUCCCCCUCCGCCAGCCUCUUCUCAUCGACGGCUGCCACGUCCUCCUCCUCGACGCCAAUCACUGCCCCGGCGCCGUCCAGUUCCUCUUCAAACUCCCCAACUCCCAAACCUUCAUCCACACAGGCGACUUCCGCUUCUCCCACUCCAUGCCGUCCGAUCCUCUCCUCGCUCCGUUCGUAAACUGCGACGCCGUUUUCUUGGACACAACUUACUGCAAUCCCAAGUUCGUGUUCCCGUCGCAGCAGGAGUCCGUUGAUUAUAUUUGCAGCGUGAUAGAGACUGUUGGAGGGGGCAAGGGUGUUUUGUUUCUCGUCGCGACAUAUGUGAUCGGGAAAGAGAAGAUUCUGUUGGAAAUUGCUAGGAGAUGUAAGCGGAAAGUCCACGUGGAUGGUCGGAAAAUGGAGGUGCUGCGUGUUUUGGGGGUUGGAGACAGCGGCGGCGUGUUCACGGAGGAGCAGUGUGAUAGUGAUGUGCAUGUUGUGGGGUGGAAUGUGUUGGGUGAGACGUGGCCGUAUUUCAGGCCGAAUUUUGUGAGAAUGGAGGAGAUUAUGGCGGAGAGGGGGUAUUCAAGGGUGGUAGGAUUUGUGCCUACUGGGUGGACUUACGAAGUGAAGCGUAAUAAGUUUGCGGUGAGGUCCAAGGAUGAGCUGGAGAUUCAUCUUGUGCCGUACAGUGAGCAUUCUAACUAUGAUGAGCUGAGGGAGUAUGUGAGGUUUUUGAAACCGAAGCGCGUGAUUCCUACGGUUGGCUCGGAUGUGGAGAAGAUUGACAGUAAACAUGCUAGUAAAAUGCAGAAGCAUUUUGCUGGGCUGGUUGAUGAGAUGGCCAACAAGAAGGAGUUCUUGAGGGGUUUUCGUAGCGGCUGUACUGAGGUAGGUGGGGAGGUUGGCACUGAUGCCAAAGAUCACACGACGGAAGGGGAGUAUUUGGAGGAAAGGGCAACAUGUUCUGCUGUUGAUACUAAUGUAGGCUCUCCUACUGAAGUGUUGUCUACUCUCCAAGAACCUGAGUCACAAGCUCCCGUGCUGUUAACUGAGGAAAAGGAGGAGGAAAUCGUUCAAGAACUUCGUGAUUGUUUGCCGUCAUGGGUCACACGCCAGCAGAUGCUAGAGCUGAUUAGGGGCUCUGGAGGCGACAUUGUUGAAGCAGUCACUACAUUUUAUGAUCGUGAAACAGAAUUUCGUGGUCAAGGAACUGCCUCUACAAGUGCUGUAUCUACAUCCGAGACCAGUACACUUUGUGGCACUGCAUCGCCGACGAAAGCAGGUUCUGUUUAUGCAAAUAUUGACGUUUCUUCAAUCCGUGAUCAUUUUAUGCCCAACCCAAGAAAUAUUGUUAAAAGUGGCAUUUCUCCUGGCAAAAGAGGGAAGAAGACUAGUAAUAGGGUAAACAAGAAGGUAAAGUUACAGUCGAAGUUGGAUUCAUGUGGCCCAAAACAAUCGACCAUAACCAACUUUUUUAGAAAAGUUUUGCCUAAUGUUGCAGAAAGUAGAGAGAUUGGAUCAACAGGUGAACAAGAGCCUAAAGAUACAAAAUUUCCUGAUCAUGGUACCCAAUCAUACGAGGAUGCAGUAGAUCAAUUUCUUCAGAUAAUAGGUGGCAAUGAAUCAUUGAAAAGCUAUGCUGAUACAAUUAUUAAAAAGGCAAAUGGGGAUAUCAGCAUGGCUGUGGAAAUACAUUAUUCUGAUAAUGAAGGCAGGUCUGGUGAGAACGAAAUGGAGAUGGUGGCUGAUGCAAAAUCAAUUCAGUCCAACAGUGGUGCAGACAAUUGUUCUUCUAAAGAAAAGAAAGUUGAAUUACGAAAAAUAGCACUGUUGGCUGAUUCAUCUGUACAGCUGUCAUCACCAGAUAAUGUAGGUGCAAAUUCUGUGUCACUACCGCUGGAAAAAUACAAUCCUGUAGAGCAUGCAUGCUGGAGCAAUGGACAUAAUGCUCCAUAUCUACAUCUUGCACGAACCUUUGACUUACUUGAGGAUGAAAAAGGCAAGAUGAAGGCUACUUCUAUGCUUUGCAAUAUGUUCAGAAGUUUGCUUGCCUUGUCUCCUGAUGAUGUGCUUCCUUCAGUUUAUUUGUGCACCAAUAAGAUAGCUGCAGAUCAUAAAAAUGCGGAGCUGAACAUUGGUGGAAGUUUGGUCACAGCAGCACUGGAGGAUGCAUGUGGGACAAGCAGAUCUAAAAUCAGGGAUAUGUAUAAUGAAUUGGGAGAUCUUGGUGAUGUUGCUCAAGCGUGCCGACAGACACAGACUUUACUUGCCCCUCCUCCACCACUUCUAAUAAAAGAUGUAUUUUCUGCACUCUGGAAGAUAAGUGUCCAAACAGGUAGUGGAAGCAGUGCUCGGAAAAGAAGCCUGAUUGUGAAUCUCAUGCGUUCUUGCAGAGAGAAAGAGAUGAAGUUUCUUGUCAGAACCUUGGUUCGGAACUUACGUAUUGGAGCAAUGAUGAAAACUGUUCUACCUGCUCUGGCUCAAGCUGUUGUCCUGAAUUCCUUCCAUAGCUGUAAUGACAAAGGAACUAUAGAAAGUCUGAAGGAUAAGCUUCAGCGUCAUUCAACAGCUGUAGUAGAAGCAUACAAUGUACUACCCAAUUUGGAUUUGGUUGUUCCUUCUCUCAUGAAAAGAGGCAUUGGAUUCUCUUCAUCAACUUUGUCAAUGGUUCCAGGAACACCUAUCAAACCAAUGCUUGCAAGAAUCACAAAUGGUGUUCAGCAGGCACUGAAGUUAUUCCAAAAUAAAGCUUUUACAUGUGAAUACAAAUAUGAUGGUCAGCGUGCACAAAUUCAUAAAUUAGUUGAUGGCUCCGUGCAUGUAUUUUCAAGAAAUGGGGAUGAGUCGACUUCGAGAUUUCCAGAUUUGAUUAAUAUAAUCAAUCAAUCUUGUAAAGCCGAUGCAGUAACUUUCAUACUGGAUGCAGAGGUUGUUGGAGUUGAUAGGAAGAAUGGUAGCAAGCUAAUGUCCUUCCAAGAAUUAUCUUCACGAGGGAGAGGGAGCAGAGAUGCAUCAAUAACAUUAGACAGCAUAAAGGUCGACAUUUGCGUGUUUGUCUUUGACAUCAUGUUUGCCAAUGGGCAACAGUUGUUAAGCUUUCCUCUGAGGAGAAGGCGAAAGUAUAUGAAAGAAAUGUUUCAAGAUGAAAAGUCUGGUUUCUUUGAAUAUGCCAAGGAAAUGACAGUUGAGGCAGAUGAUGCUUGUUCAACCAAUGAAGCGACAUUGACCAAAAUAAACUCAUUCCUUGAAGAUGCAUUUGCUUCCUCAUGUGAAGGAGUUAUGGUUAAAUGUUUAGAUGUUGAUGCUGGGUAUUCUCCAUCAAAGCGUACGGACACUUGGUUAAAGGUCAAGCGAGAUUACAUGCAGGGAUUGGGGGAUACUCUUGAUUUGGUUCCGAUUGGAGCUUGGCAUGGAAACGGGAGAAAAGCAGGCUGGUACAGUCCAUUUCUCAUGGCAUGUUACAAUCCUGAAACUGAAGAAUUUCAAAGCGUCUGUCGUGUUAUGUCUGGGUUUUCUGAUUUGUUUUAUACAGAGAUGAAAAGCUUUUAUUCUGGUGACAAGAUCUUGGGCAAAAAACCACCUUAUUAUAGAACUGCUGAGGUGCCUGAUGUGUGGUUUUCUGCGGAGCUUGUUUGGGAAAUAAGAGGUGCAGACUUUACAGUGUCUCCAGUUCACCAGGCCGCUUUAGGUUUAGUUCAUCCAUCACGUGGCAUCUCCAUUCGAUUUCCAAGAUACAUUCGCACAGUGAUUGAUAGAAAAUCAGAUGAAUGUAGCACGGCUUCUGAUAUAGCUGAAAUGUUUCAUUCUCAAACGAGGAAGAUGGAUGUGGUUUCUGAAGAUGGCAGCUGAAAGCCACAUCCCAUGUUAUCUAAUGUACAUGUCGAGUAGGAAAGUAUGUGUUUCAAAUGUAAAUAUUUUUGUUCCAGGACUUUGUAAAUAUAGGUUCUGGGGUCAUCCAGGUCUGGUUUCAAAAAGAAUUGCGUGACAUAUAGUGGAUGGCGUGCGCGGUCAUUGUCGAUUUCAUCUUCUCCUUUAUCUUGAGUUCACAGGUGCUAGGCAAGGUGGUCGAUUGGUAUUUAGAAUCCAAGCAUAGCACAUCGUCAUUUCCAUACAUAGCACAUUGUGAUUUCCAAGCAAAACAGUACCAAUGGGAGCUUUGGUUCGCCUAGAAAAUGAGGAAAAAGGACAGUAAUGCGAUCCAAAGCCAAGAUGAAAACCAGACUCGUGUUACAAAUUUUGCGAGCAUAUCAAAUUGCAUG